UAGGUAUCGACACUGUUUAGCCGUGUGAACGAAUUCUAUCCGACGAUUCUAAAUAGGCGACAACGGCUAGCUAACCUUGAACAGGCCGAUGUUUACAAGUAAAAGUCCGCGGUCAAAUAGCUAGCCCAAAGAGCUGUUGCCGAAGACUCCGCGCGGUCGUAAAUUCCACGAUUGAAAUAUGUGUGUUCAGCCAAUCGAGAGAAAUCUGACGUUUUGCAUUGCAUGCUGGCAGAUGAGCUAAAUAGGAGACAAUUGGUAACCUCUGAAGUCUACCCCAGCACAGCAGAGAAAGAGAGCACGUCAGCGACCAGCUAGAGGCUGGGAGGACAGGCUUUUUGUGCUCGAAUGCGAUUAUCAUUGUCUGUCGAUUCAGUCUAUUUUUGGACAUAAAUCGCAAGCUGUACAUCAGCUGGUGGUCUAAACGAUGUUUCCAAAGCUUAAAACCGUGGCACGACUGUCGUGUUGCUAGCUGUUUGUCUGAUGGCACAUUGAUGCUACAAUUUGGGAGGGUGUCAUUACUAUUUCAAAAUUCAAUUGGAGCUAAAUGUGUCUACUAUUCUUUGGAUAAACUGAUUUAUAAAUGACUCCGACCCUGACUAGCCAUAUCGUCUUGUACGCCUACUCCGACCACUAAUUUGGUGACUAAGCUAGGUGCAGGGGAGAGGAAACACCAUUUUUCAAUAGCUUGGGCAACUGGCAAGCUAACAACGUUUUAGCUUAGCGGCUGCUUGUUUUCCACAUGCUCAAAAUUCUGUGAAAUGUGGAAAAUUUAACUAGCUAAAUAUUCCAGGAUUUAUUGAGUGCAUUUCUGCCAGUUAUUUGACACGUGUAGACAUAUCCCCCCAUUUAGUGGUGCUAGCUAAUCCUGCCCCUAUGACAAAAUAACCCCAAUGUUGAGAAGGGACCUCAUUAGAGGUUAGCUAGCCGAUUAGCCAACGUUUACCUGGUGAUGGUGUCGUAGUUGUCAGCAAAUAUCUCAAAACGGACACGCUUGAAGAUAUCCUUCAAAGAGCAUGUGUAUCGGUGUAACUUGUGAAAUAAAAUAUAGUUUUACUGUUUUAUUAAUUUUUUGUUGGUGGAAAGCUGAAUAUAAAGUGGCACUCUUAACUGCGUAUGCUAGCAGCUAGCUAGAUAUCUGGGCUGCUAGCAAAAAUACAGCUAGUUUCACAAUUCCAAAACGACCCGUUUUAUUAACUAUUAAUCGUGUAAUUCCCUACAUUGAGCUACUCAAUUGUAGCUGAGACAUUUUAUGACGCAUUUUUUUUUUGCCUUAUUAGGCUUGGUUCUUUCUCAACCAAAGAUGGUGGCCGAGUCGCCAUUUUGUUUUAACGACUGGUUAAAUGUGUUCAAGAGAACAAUGUUACAUCACUGACUUGACACAAUGUAUCACAUUUGUCAUUCGACAUGGCGUCGAAUGAAAGACACAAAAGAAGUCAAAAAUGAAAAUGUUGCUACCGUUGGACACAUCACAGGCCCCCUACAGUGGCAUACCAUUUUUCAAAACACCACCUUGUUUAACCCAGGCAUUGCAGCUCUGAAUUAACAAAAUACACAGCUUCACCUUGAGAAUAUUCUAAGGCUACAUUUACUGUUUUGCUCCUCAUUGCUAUUCACCACAUUAUUAACUGUUUUAUGUCCCCUUUCACCACGAUACAAAGCCAGCAUCAUUGGAGUUAGUUCUGUGGAAUGUUGUUGGCUGUAAAACAAAGCAAAUGCUUUGUAAACCUUCAACUCCCAAACAAACAACAUUUUAAAGGGAACAGGGUGGAGUUAUUUACACUUUGAUGACCAUCUUCAUUUAAUGGGAGGUGACAGGAGAGUAGACCAAUGUGCAGGAGAAGAGACAAGGGUAGGGGCGGGAGCUUCACUCUCAAUACUGCACUUUUAAUACCAUUGUUCUUAACUUCUCUCUUUCUGUGCCUCCCCCAUCUCUCUUUUUCUCCCCUCUUAUCUCUCUUGUCUCUCACUCUGCCCACUACUCCAUCACAGCAAAUAAAAGGUGGUGGUUAAUGAAUGAUUCCAUGCUCGCUGUCAGAAAGCUGUGUCAUGGAUGAUGAGGACGAUCGCCGUCUUCUGGAUAUUAUAGGGGAUGUGCAGGCGUUGAAUGACUACCUCCACGGCUCCACCAACAAGUCUAUUGAGGAGGAUGACGUGACGAACGCAGCUUACGGCUCUGCCGGAACCUUCUUCACCAGUAACACUGCUGGCUCUAACUCCGGCCUCAAAGAUGAAGAGUUUGAGGAUUCAGCAGGGGUGGGCCUCCAGCUUUCCAGUAGCCUAUCGUUCAUUGAGGAUGAGCUGGGGGGAGAAGCUUCUCCAGGAGGAAUGGAUCUUGGCGGAGGAGAGGACCAGCCCUUUGACAUCCUGCAGAAGUCUCUCAUGGAGGCAGACAUCACUGAACAGACUCUGGAACAGGAGGCCAUGCUAGACUCCCAACCACCUCCCCCUCCUCUCCCCUCGGCCCCCUCCCCAUUCCCCCCCCAGCUGGUUUCGGGGGGGUACGGCAGCGGGGUCACCACAUCGACUGCAGCUUUUCCCAGUGGUCAGUUCCUCCAGGGUGUGUCCCAGCUGCCUAAUGGCCAGGCAGGGGGGCACAUCCAGGUGUUGGGGUCCUUUGGCGGGGGAGGGGUCCAGCAGAUCCUCCUCCGGCAGGGUGGUGGGGUAGGGGGGGCGGUGGGGGGAGUAGCAGCAGGGGGGCAGGUGUUUGCCACUCCCUCCCCAGUGGGCCAGGUGAACCAGGUAGGCUUGCCCUUUAAGAACAUCCCCCUGCAGAAUAUCAUCAUCCAGAGAGGACCUGGGGGUGCCCAGGCCCUGGUCAGACCUAUCCAGCCCAAACCCCUUCAAGCUGGGGCUCAGACAGUCUACAGCCUGGGACUCCAGACCACAACCACCACCAUGGUUAACACCGCGGCCCAGGGACACUACACAGCUAACGGCUCCAUCCUGGUCCACUCUCCCUUGGGACAGCAGAACCAGGGACAGCAAGGCCAGGCCAACCUGCCCCCAGGGCAGUACCUGGUCCACCACAAUGGCCCCUCAGACCCAUCCCAAUCAACCCUGCUAGCCAAUCAGAACACAGUACAGCUCGUCGCCGGGCAGAACUUCACGGCGACGGCGGGAGGUCAGCUGAUCCAGGUGGGAGGCAGCCAGGUGGGAGUAGGAGGAGCCAUGAGCCAAACAUGGCAGAAUUUUCCUGGUACGAACCCUGCCACCGUGCAGGCGGCAUCAAACCAGGGGCGUCUGACGCUGGUUGGAACGGCGACUGGGGUUCGAGGGCAGGUUUCUGGCAGCCCAGUGCAGCGCCUCGUACUGUCUCAGACUCAGAACAGCAGCUCCCUCUCCCCCCUGUCUCUCUCUGGUACUGGUACUGCCUCACAGGAACAGGAGUACUCACAGGACAAGCAGGCUCAGACACAGCUCGUCAACCUCCUUGGAAACAAAGCUGUGAAAACAAUGACCUACAUCAGCCAAGACGCCCCGCUAAACACACAGGUCAGUGCUCAGAAGAGGCCGGCCCCUCAGCAGCUCACCAGAGGAGGAAUGAUGCUACAGCAGUUGAGGAUGGAUCAUUCGGGGGUUCUGUCACCUGACAUCGCCCGCUUCACCUCAUUGGAUGACGCACUGCACAGACUCCUCCCCUACCACGUGUUCCAUGGAGCUCCGCCCAACAGGGAAGAGUUUUCCCAAGUGGAUGAUGAGUUUGAGUCGAUGGCGACUCAGGUAUUGAAGAGGACCCAGGUCAUGAUCAACAAAUACAGACGACUGCUGAUGGUGGAGGCUGAGCGCUCCAGUCCCUCCUCAGAGAUGGUGAUGAUUGACAGGACCUUCAACCAAGAGGAGCGCCAGAACCUGACACAAGACAAACGUAUGAUACUGGUGGACCCAGAUGGCUUCUUGGAAGAUUUCUGCUGUGGGGUGAAGACAUCUCCCCUCUCUCUACCCUGCCUCCCCUUGGACCCUCUCUCCACCCCCUCGUCCAGCCACGCCGGUAGACAGACGGGGAGGGGGGCGACCACAGACCCCCCUUACAGGACAGACCCCCAGUCGGGCUAUGGAGACCCGGGGGGAGGAGGGAGAGGAGGAAUAGACUCUUUUAAGAGUAUCAUGGACCUGAGGAGGACUCAACAUAGCAACUAUGGAAACAAAGCUGCCUCUAGCAACCACAGCAACUAUCACCAUGGCAAUGUGGCUGCUACUGCCACAGCGGCGAUGUCGACAGAGCCGGUACAGACUCAGUUCCUGUCUCACCUGUCCUCCUCUCACCCCCAGGCCCCCCUGCCCCUCCCUCCCACCCUGCCUGACACAGACUCGGUUCUAGAGGCAGCUGUGAACAGCAUUCUAGAAUGUUAGACAGAUAGAUUUGACAGAAGGACGUGCCACCAUUCCAUCUCUCUCACCCCCCCCCCCCCCCAUCCUUUGCCCCGCCGGAUCAUUCUUGGGGCUACAUGUUUGUUAUUGUUUAUUUUCUUAUUUUGCUCUCCCAUUGUCAGUCCUUUUCAACCAGCUCUGAAUUAGUUAGUCAUAGAAAUAUAAUCUAUAUUAUUUUUCUAUGGUUACAGUACCAUGGUUACUGUAGGACAACCAGGGGUCAUGACCUGUGUUACAUCAUGUCCUGUUGGGUGUGAGCCGGAAGAAGAUAUCAACCCCCUGAACCCCAACUUUAGCCACGUGCAAUUAUGCUGAAGUUUAGGGAGGAAGAAUAUGAUGAUGAUGAUGAUGAUUCUGUGCCUGAGAAAUUCUAUGUUGUACUUCAAAUGUUUACAUGAAGAAGCCUUGUAAGAAAUGUCCUUUAAUUUUUGCACCUGACAUUACACACCUUCACACACUGAGUAUACCAAACAUUAGGAACACCCCCCCCCCCCCCCCCCAUGAUAACAGCCUCAAUUCGUUGGGGAAUGACUCUAUAAGGUGUCGAAAGCGUUCCACAGGGAUGCUGUCCCAUGUUGACUCUAAUGCUUCCCACAGUUGUGUCAAGUUGACUGGGAUGACCUUUGGGUGGUGGAACAUUCUUGAUACACACAGGAAACUGUUGAGCGUGAAAAAUCCAGCAGCGUUGCAGUUUUUGACAGAGACCGGUGUGCCUGGCACAAUACAACCAUACCUCGUUCAAAGGCACUUACAUUUUUGGUCUUCUGAAUGGCAAACAUACACAGUCCAUGUCUCAAGGCUUAAAAAUACUUCUCCCCUUCAUCUACACUGAUUGAAGUGGAUUUAACAAGUGACAUAGUUAAGGGAUCAUAGCUUUCACCUGGAUUCACCUGGUCAGUCUUAUGGAAUGGAAAGAGCAGGUGUUCAUAAUGUAUUGUAUACUCAGUGUAUAAUACCAUAGUCAUUUGAUGGAUUUGACAACUACCAGAAAUAUAUUGUUAUUUUCUGUUCUAUGCUUCAGUUUUCAUAGUCAAGCCAGAGAGACUCACUCACUCUGAGUGUCUAACUACUAAAGCAGCUUUUGGUUUUCUGUCAGUUUUUUAAAAAUGUAUCUUUGACAUUUUUCUUAUGUACCUUAAAGGUAUGUGAUGCCCCUCCGCGCGCGCACACACACACACACAUUUUGUUCUUCUAUCCUCGUGGGGACCUAAAAUUAAUUUCCAUUCAAAAUCCUAUUUUACCUAACCUUAACCCCUAAACAUUUGUUGUUCGGGUUCUGCGCAUGUGACAAAGUUUGAUUUGAACUCCUAACUCCUAAACCUAAUUCUAACCAUAACCCUAAACCUAACCCCUAAGCUUAAAAUAGCCUUUGUCCUCAUGUACCCACUAUCCUUGUGGGGACUUUUGGGGGUUUUAGGUCCCCACAAGGAUAGAAAUUCCAACCCACACAUCAAACACACACAUUUUGUUCUAUCUUCAUGGGGACCUAAAAUUAAUUUCCAUUCAAAAUCCUAUUUUACCUGACCUUAACCUGGAACCCAAACCCUAAACCUAAUCCCUUACCCAAACCCUAAUUGUAAGCAUAACCCUAAACCUAACCUCUAAGCUUAAAAUAGAAUUUGUCCUCAUGGGGAUGUGGGAAAUGUCCCCACGAGGGGAGAAUUUUUCUUGUUUUACUAUCCUUGUCCCCACAAGUAUAGAAGAACCAAGACACACACACACACACACACGUGUAUUGGUGUUGGGGGGAGCUAACUCCUCAGAUUGAGGGAAAAAUGUUACGACAUGUUUAUCUUUUUUUAUUUAGAUUAGAUUUAGUUAAUUUUUAAAAAUGAAACAUCACUAUUAUUUGUGUUAGUGAUGUGUGUCCCAGCGACGUCAACACGCAACCAUGGCAAUGUCUUACUGUCAUGUGAUACAAUGACCCUGGAAGGUCAUGGAUUGUAUAUGUAUGUCCACUCUCUGUGAACGUGUGCUGGUGUGUUUGUAUGUUGUGUGUUCACUCACCCCGGAUGAAUGUUACUCCUUCCCUAGCACACUUAGUUUCCCCUCCUCCACUCUAUCCUUCUCUCCCUCCCCACAGUUAAGAGAUGAGAGACAAGUGUAUGGUAAACUCUGCUUUUAAACUGACUGAAGGAACAGACUGAAGGCCUUAGAUAGAAAGUGUCUUCUGUCUGAGUGAGUAAGGGCUUGAAUGGUCGUGUUCUCCUGCUCAAACGUCGCAUACAUCAACCAAUGGUUGCGUGCCACGUCCUUGACUGUGCCGUGGCGUCGGGCACCAGAUUGCUAGAACAUAUGUGGCACGCCUAUCCUGUCCAGGUGUUGUAAGGUCUUCAUGUGCCAGCAGUGUCUGAGCAGAGGAACACAACCACUGGGUGUGGCCUUCUCAGCCCUGGUCCUGAGAACCCCUGUGUCUGCUGGUCGACACUCAAAUGACACACUAUUCCCCAUAUAUUUUUACCCAGAGCCUAUGUAACUCACCCUAUGUGACUCAAAAGUAGUGGACUAUAUGGGAAGUAAUUUCACACAGGAGUGUCUUGAGGGGUUGAGGUACUAGGCUAUGCCCUUUCUGCCAAGGAGAGCAAUACAUUUCUACUUUCUUGACCCGUCUUCACUGUUGACUUUCUUUUGGUCUGUCUCACUAUCUACAUGAUUUGUAUAGGGGCUUUUUUUGGUAUAAAAAAUAAAAACAUGAAACACAAAAUAUUUAUAAUUUUUUGUAAGGAAAACCCCAGAGGAAAAACACGAGAAAAAUGAAGUUCUUUUUUAUUCUGUUGGCUUUGAAGUGUUCCAAGAGAAAUUGUUACAAAAUACUGUCAGUUGUUCAUUUCUAGUUUGUGUGUUUACUACAACAGCAAAAAUAGGUCAAUAAUAAAUUCAUUUUGAAUACAAUCAUAAA